CAUGUGUUUGAUCAAUUCCUCUGAAUAAUUCACUUUCUGGGUUUCUUUUGAUCUUUCUCUCACCAAAGACAGAAAAAAUGAAGGAGGAACAAACAAGAUCUCUGUUUGGAAUAUCUUUGUCUGAUAAACCAACUUGGCAACAGUUUCUCAUUUGCACUUCUGGUUUCUUUUUUGGUUAUCUCGUUAAUGGAGUCUGCGAGGAAUAUGUUUAUAAUCGUCUCCAGUUUAGCUUUGGUUGGUAUUUCACGUUUAUACAAGGAUUUGUCUACUUGUUUCUAAUCUAUCUUCAAGGCUUUACCACAAAGCAUAUCGUUAAUCCGAUGAGGACUUAUGUCAAACUCUCUGCUGUUCUCAUGGGAUCACAUGGUUUAACCAAAGGAUCUUUGGCUUAUCUCAAUUAUCCAGCUCAAAUCAUGUUUAAAUCCACCAAGGUGUUACCGGUGAUGAUAAUGGGAGCGUUUAUACCCGGUCUCAGAAGAAAAUACCCUGUCCAUGAAUACAUUUCAGCUUUCUUGCUGGUUCUUGGUUUGAUACUAUUCACAUUAGCCGAUGCGCAAAUGUCUCCGAAUUUCAGCAUGAUUGGGAUUAUGAUGAUAACCGGUGCAUUGAUCAUGGAUGCUUUCUUGGGUAAUCUGCAAGAAGCUAUCUUCACAAUGAAUCCUGAGACAACUCAGAUGGAGAUGCUUUUCUGCUCAACUGUUGUUGGAUUACCGUUCUUGUUCGUUCCCAUGGUCUUAACCGGAGAGGUUUUUCGUGCGUGGACUGCGUGUGCACAACAUCCGUAUGUGUAUGGGGUGCUUGUAUUUGAAGCCAUGGCCACAUUUAUCGGUCAAGUCUCUGUUCUAUCGCUCAUUGCCCUCUUUGGAGCCGCCACAACCGCCUUGAUAACAACGGCUAGGAAAGGGGUUACGCUGUUGCUAUCGUAUUUGAUAUUUACAAAGCCGUUGACGGAACAGCAUGGAUCAGGCUUGCUGUUGAUAGCAAUGGGGAUUGUAUUGAAGAUGGUUCCGAUGGAUAGUAAAGCUCCGACCAAGAUUCCAACGAGACCAGCUGUUAGGAUCGCAGGAGGGGAUGGUGAUAGAGAAGAGGAAGAAGAAAGGAAGUCACUGGUUUGAGAAUAUAAUGUGCCAUAUAUU